AUAUUAAACAAAGAUGACCCCACGAAUCCUGUGGAAGAGGAUGGGAUAGUAGAAUCGGAAGACAUUAAGGAAAUAGGUCUAGAAAGAUGGCGAUCACAAGAGGUCAAGGAUGCGUUGAAGAGGACAAAUCCAGGGAAAGUGGGCUGGAGUACAUAACGUGUGUCCGUAAUUAUUGAGAGCUGACAUGAAGACAUUGCAAGUAGGCUGACUUGUUGUUACAACAGGCUUUGGGAAACUGAGAGGUGGCGGAAAGUGUGGAAGAAGAGACUUGACUUAACGUAUUUAAGAAAGGUAGCUUGCACGAAUGCAACAACUGUAGAGGAGUGACUUUUGUACUUGUCAUUAGUAAGAUAUCCUGUGGGAUGCGGUUGGGGCGGAUCAAGAAAGGCAUAGACAGGAAACUUCGAAAAGAGCAGGCUGGGUUUUGACCGAAGAGAAAUACAGCUGAACAGAUCUUUAUAGUUAAAAUCAUCUUAGGGCAGGCAAAUGAGUCGAGGGACGGUCUGUAUGCGCACUUUGUUUUACACUUUGAAAAAGCCUUUGACUCUGUACAGAGUUAAGGAUUAUGGAAUAUCAUGAGAAGUUAUGGGAUACCAGACAAGACGGUAAGAGUAGUAGCAGUAAUAUACGUGGGCUUUGAGUGCACAGUUGUCGACGGGAGUGUAACAUCUGACUGGUUUAUGAUCAAGUCUGGGGGAAAACAGGGGUGCGUGAUGUCAAGAUUCUAAGCCAUAGUGUGGUUGGAUGGAGUCAUGAGGAAGGCAACAGCAGACAAGAGAAGAGGGAUAAGGUGGAAUUUCACAGGUGUGCUGGAGGACCAUGAUUUCGCAGAUGACAUUGCACUUCUGUCAUCUACAUUCAAGGACUUGCAUGAAAAGACUGGGAGAUUGGCAGAGAAAGCAGCCAGAGUAGGACUCAAACUU